AUGGUGCUUUCUUAAAGGCAAAUGGUGAAAUACCGGUAACUUGGAAAAGGGCAGCAUCCAUGGAUGAGGUUCUCCAGGAGGCAAUUAGUUUUCAUCCUAUCUUGGAUAAAACUACUUAUCAUCUAGUCAACAAGGAAAGACUUGCCAAGAUGAAAAAGGAAGCAAUUCUUAUCAACUGCAGUAGAGGACCUGUUAUUGAUGAAGUUGCACUUGUAGAUAACUUAAGACAUAACCCAAUGUUUCGUGUAGGCCUUGAUGUGUUUGAGGAUGAGCCCUAUAUGAAACCCGGGCUUGCAGAGUUGAAAAAUGCAAUUGUAGUACCUCACAUUGCAUCUGCCUCAAAGCACACUGUUGUGUCUUGGAAUACUUUGAUCAAUGGCUACUUUCGGAAUAACUGUGCGGAGGAGGCGUUGAGGGUUUAUAGUAGAAUGAUGGCAACCUCAGUUAUAGUGUUUAUGAAAACCUCGAAGAAAAGAACAGCCCCGUGGAAUGCAGUACUAUCUGGGUUCAGGCUUGCAAGAAAAGCAAUACAACUCUUCAAAUAG